CACUAAACCUAUAUAUUCAAAGAAAGCUGGAGGUGGUUAACCGUGUACGACACAUCCCCGCACCUAUAAAGUUGAUCUGAACGUCGCGCGCCCGCCUCAGAAACACUCAACCCUCCAAGUUAUUCAGACUGUUAUUUUAACAAAAAUGCUGAAAAUACUCCAGAUUACACUACUAUUCGCUGUGCCUUGGUGUUGUUUGGCCCAAUUUUCUAUUCAGGGACCAAGUGAUGGAAAUCGACAGGCACAAGGUUUAAAGUACAGUGCUGAUAAGGGCAUUGAAUAUACAGAUAAAAGUGCAUCAUUAGGAACUGGAGACUUUACAAUUCAAGGUGCAACAGAUGGACAUUCCAGUUUUCAAAUUCAAGGACCAUCAGAUGGAAAUACUGAUUUUCAAAUUCAGGGACCACAACAUGGUGGUGCCAAUACUUAUUUACAAGAUCCAUAUGACGCCAGACAACGAGGACAAAGUCAACAAAAUCGCGCAUUAGAAUAUCAAGAUCCAAGUGGUUUGAAAGUGAAUUGGCGAUUUGGACAGAAUCGUCAAGCACAAGCGCAACAACAACAACAACAGGCACAAUAUGCACCACAACCAGCACCACAACCAGUAGCUCAACAACCACGUCGUCGACCUGCUCACCGACAACAACAACAUCAACCUCAACCUGUACGACAACAAGCACCAGCUCAAGUACAACCCAAUUACACUCCAUUUAACAAUGCUCCUUCACAAAUCAAGCAAUUACUCGAGUUCCAAGCGCAGAUACCUUAUCAGAAUGUCAUUCCCGAACCUUUCAGAUUCGACGCCGAAUCAGCAGCACAGCUACAUGCUCGACAUUUUCAAGAAGAAUAUCCAAAGCAGGUUCAGCAAUCGUUAAGCGAACGACAGAAUGUUGUGCAACAAGCGCCAGCACCAGUUGAAGCACCACAAAAACAUCAACCACGAGGUCAGUACCGAGCUAAAUAUCGUGCAGAAUCAAGACAAAAACGUCAAGCACCCGGUGGUUAUCAACAGCAACAACAACAACAACAACCGGACUUAUCACAAUACAAAAGAAUAUCUCAACCAGCACCUGAAGUAUUACCAAAUUAUUCAACGAAUGUACCAGCAGAAAUUACAUCCAUCUUAAAAUAUCAAGCACAAAUUCCAUAUGAUAUUAUUGCCAAUCAAAUUAGUUACGUUCCGGAUAAACCUUACGUACCACAACCAGUGCAAUCACAACAACAACAACAUGCACCACAACAACAAUAUGCUCCACAACAACAACAACAACAAUAUGCACCGCAACAACCAGAGUAUGUUCCACAAUACGCACAAGGUCUUGCUCAAGGUCAAACACAAGCUCAAGGUCAACAGUACGGUGGAAUUCAAGCACAGGGACAAUAUUACGGUCAACAAUCAACGCGUCCUGUUACCGAACAACAAUACUAGAAUUCCUCUCAAUUCGAAAUCA